GUUUGUUUGUUAUCUUGAGCAAUACACUGUAUAAAAACUCUACAGUUGCUGUAUUGCAAGUAUGAGAUGCUGUUUGCGGAAUAAGUAGCCGACUGAAGUUGAUAUAAUACAGUGACGUAUUGAAUAAUGACGCAAUUAAACGUCAUUAAAUCUACGUCUUGAUAAUUGUACGCUAAAAGGUAAAUUUCACGCAUCGGCGCAACCGCAACUUUGCACGCUUUUUAGUGUCGCUGUCCAGGGUGCUGAAGGGCUACUUGAGGCCUGGGGGAACCCCAAGACAGGUGAGAGAGAUGCAACAUGGGCAGGAAUGGACCAAAGUGUGACUCCAGGAAGCCAAAGGGUCAGCUAUCAUGUCAAAAAGCAGCCUGCAUCGUUUCAGUAUGCAGGGAACACAGAGGACAAAUUGCCUGAGGAUCCCCUUCCUUCUGCUGUAUGCUGCUGUAGACUCCUCCACCCGGAGCUGAGCCCCCGGUGGAGCGUGUGUGUGAAAGGGGACCCUGCCAGCCUCCAUGGCUCACUCGUCAGACCCGUCCCGCAGGGAGAAGACCCCCGGGACCCAAGGGUCACACACGGCUACACGCAACCUCUUACGGAAGAAGGAGCAGCGCCGGCGGGGAAUCCGAUCCUCCUCACCCAUGGGCCGGGUCAUCCUCAUCAACUCUCCUGUGGAUGGCGGAGAUGACAGCGAGGACCUCCAUACAAUCACAGUGGACAAGAGUGUGGAUGGAAAGCUCGGCUUUAGCGUGCGUGGAGGCUCAGAACACGGCCUCAGUAUCUUUGUCAGCAAAGUGGAGGAUAACAGUACAGCGGAGGAGGCAGGCCUGCUGGUAGGUGAUAAACUGGUGGAGGUGAACGGCAUCAGCCUGGAGAGCAUCACCAUGAGCAGCGCCGUGAAGGUCCUCACAGGCAGCAACAGGCUGAGGAUGGUGGUGAGACGAGUUGGCAAAGUCCCCGGCAUCCGCUACUCCAAGGAGAAGACUACUUGGGUGGACUUGAUACACAGGCGUAUGGUGGUGGAGGAGAGUGGACGGACACCUUCGGAGGCCAGCUCAGGAAGCGCCCUCCAAAGGAUCGUCCACCUGUACACCACCUCUGACGACUACUGCCUGGGCUUCAACAUCCGAGGGGGAAAGGAGUUUGGUCUGGGCAUCUAUGUCUCAAAACUGGAUCCUGGUGGUCUGGCUGAGCAGAAUGGAAUCAAAAUGGGGGACCAGAUCCUGGCUGCCAAUGGAGUGAGCUUUGAGGACAUCAGUCACAGCAAUGCUGUGGAGGUGCUGAAGAGCCACACUCACAUCAUGCUGACCAUCAAGGAAGCAGGACGAUACCCUGCUUAUAAGGAGAUGGUGGCAGAAUACAGAUGGCUCAAUAAGUUGGCCAAUGGCACUCAGAAAUCUUCUUCCCAGGGUUCAGACUCAAACUCCUCAGCCUCUUCUCUGUCAUCUGGGACUCCGGUCAGCUCUCUGAGCGGCCUCUCUCAGGUCAUGUUCCCCCCCAGCCUGUCAUUUGGCUCAGACAUGGUGGAUGUCUGCAUCUCCACUGAGGACCAGAGAUCUGAGUCCGAACGCACUGAGACCGCCAUCCAGACGGACCUUCCUUCUCAAAGGACGGGUGCAGACACCACUCGCAGCCUGGGACGCACCACUCUGCUCAAAGACACGGUGAUCCGUGGAGAGGAGGGCAGGGGGAGGAAAGAGUCCCCAAAGACCGCUGUGCUGCUGGCUCUCAGCAGACCAAGCCGACCCAUUAGCCGCUCACAGAGCCAAGUCACUGUGGCAGAGAUCAAGCAGGAGAAAGGGAAGAAGCAGAAAUGGAAGGACCCCGAGGAGAAGAGCACCCUACAGCGCUCAAAGACCUUCGUCAACUUGCUGUUCAGGGGUGGACGCAAGAAAGACCCUUCCAGGGGGCGCUCCAAGUCCCCGUCCAUAGACAAGGCCAGCAAAGAGGGACGACAGCUCAGUGCGAUGCCAAAUUCAGAGAUGCUUGGAGUGGUGGAGGGCAUGGCCUGCAGGCUGCUGACGGAGGAGGAGGUGGCUGCUGUGAUGAACAUGUGCCAGAGGUAUGUGGCUGAACGGUCAGUGGAGAACCUGAUACGCCACCUGCUGGCUGUGCUGGACAGGCCUGAAAAACUGCUCCUGCUGAGGGAGAUCAGAAUGCUGCUUGCUCCCUCUGACCUGGCUGUAUUCAAUAACAUGGUGACGCCUGUUGAAGUGGAGGCCUACGAUAUCCUCAAGUAUCGCUCAGUCCGAACUCCUCCUCUUCGCUCUCCCAUGUCUGGUCGAGCACCCAAACGACGCCUUAUCACUCCCAUCCCAGAUUACAGGGGAGGCUUUGAGCUCCACAGUGCUGAGGAGGUGGAGAAGGAGAGCCACCUACUGGGAGAGCUGGAGAAGCUCAGUCUGUCUGGGCCACGAGUGUCCAGGGAGAGGCCCCACACCUCCAGAUCUUUCACCCCGCUGCUGGACAUACCUGUGGACGGAUAUAACACAGACCCCAGAGACGUCAAACCCUCCUCUGCCAGCCCCAUGCUCCCCAACUGGUUACUCGCCCGCAGCGAUGACUCCCGCCCUCCUCUCCGGACAGACAUCGGCACGAUCCGCUCCGUCCACUUUGACGAGGUUUCACUGCACUCGACUUCAGACAAGGGGAACACAGCCUCAGACAGAGGAAGGACCCCGUUUAAAAACGGCCACUCAAAAGGCAAAAAUGAGAAAAGUGGAGACAGAAGUAAAGAAGCUGUGUUCACGCUGCAGAGCGCCCCACGCAGGAGUCGACCGUUGUUGUCGCAGGUGUUCAGUUCAAGUUCAGACCAAGUUAGAAGUGGACACAUGAACGGCCAUCAGGCUUCCUCUGAGAACGGAGUCAACGGCUCUGACCCUGAACAGGAGUAUGAACUCAAGGCUGUCAGCAUCUCCAAGACCAAACAGUCCCUGGGCAUCAGCAUAUCUGGUGGGAUGGAGUCAAAGAUCCAACCGGUGGUGAAGAUUGAGAAGAUCUUUCCUGGAGGAGCCGCCUCCACCUGUGAAGUGCUCAAGGCUGGAUUUGAGUUGGUGUCCGUGGACGGAGUCUCGCUGCAUGGAGUUACCCAUCAGCAUGCUGUCGACAUCAUCCGAAAAGCCUUCAGCAAUAAGGCCAAAGACCCCAUGGUGUUUGUGGUCAGAGUCCCCAAAGACCUUUGAAAAGACACUGAAAACACUCCUGAAAAUCCUUAAAAUAGAAAAAUGCCCUGUGAUUGUCAGCCACUGUGAUUAACAGUGAGACAGCAGAUGUGCUCUGACAUCAGGUGCGUGAUUUUGCCAUUUAAAUUAAAGUUAGGACUCAUGACUUGGACUGGACAACAAAAAAGUGGCCUUAAGGCAGCAGGUCACAGGACUUGAGGAUUAAGCACAUGAACACAGUGAGUUUAUAAGAGGAAUAUUAUCCCAAAAAUACUCAUAGUAAACCAACAUUUACAGUUCAUUAAAUUUUUGUGCCCACAAAGCCUCAUAUCAUGGAAAAUGGUGCCCCUGGUGCCUUCGUAUAUCACUUUAUCACAAACCAGGAGCCAACAAUUGAUAAGGACAUGAUUUUCUUUUUACAUGUUGUGUCGUAUUAACUGUGUAAAUUCUUAAACUACACAUAAGUAGAUAAGUCAUGGAUCAACAGUGUAUGUCUGUGCAUCUGAAUUUUUAAAAUGUGCUGGCUGACAAACUGCAAACUGUAGCUUGAGUGCCUUUAAAAGCCCUGAACAUGUAAAAUAGUUGUCACGUUGGCUUGAAAACAUACUUUUGACCUGAAGAGGGCAGACAUGUGACAUUUCUGUACUUGGCAGCAGAGAGACAGUUUGAAUAAUCCUGAUGUCCCACAAACCACCAAACUUAAAACAUCACCUAUAUAUGUAAAAUGAGAUGAUUACUGUAGAAUAAAUAAUCCAGGUUGCCAUUGGUAAGAAUUAAACGCCAGCUCAAAUAAAACUGUUAUGUCCCUGGUGAGUAUACUAAACCUGACAAAAAUAAACUUAUUUCUGCAACAACUCAAAGGCAAACAUACACUAUAAAGCCUUCAAAUGUAUAUAAUUUGGUGCAACAAUUAAAUUAAAGGAGAAAAUU